AUGGAGUUAGAUUUUGUAGAAGAAUUUAAAGCAGCUGACAAAAUAAUUCCUACAUUACCAAAACUUUCACAAAUACACCAACAAGCUGUGUUUACUAGUCGAUUAAGACACGCGGAAAUUGAUUCAUUACUUAAAGGUGCCUUACUUGUGUUCGACUUUCUUAAUGCCAACACAUCACGAAAUCAAGAAAAUACGUAA